CCAAGUAAUUCCCAUCAUCACCAAAGCAUCUCAAUCCACUACUACCACUCUCUUACUCUAUAACCAACAACACCCUCUCCCCAACACAACAACCCCCCCACAUCUAUCAUCAUGACUGGUCGCGGCAAAGGUGGCAAGGGUCUCGGAAAGGGUGGUGCCAAGCGCCACCGCAAGAUUCUCCGCGACAACAUCCAGGGUAUCACAAAGCCCGCUAUCCGUCGUCUCGCACGUCGUGGCGGUGUCAAGCGUAUCUCAGCCAUGAUCUACGAGGAGACCCGCGGUGUUCUCAAGACCUUCCUCGAGGGUGUCAUCCGUGACGCCGUCACAUACACUGAGCACGCCAAGCGCAAGACCGUCACCUCCCUCGACGUUGUCUACGCUCUCAAGCGUCAAGGCCGCACUCUGUACGGUUUCGGUGGUUAAGCGCGUCGUCUUUUCUCGCUCUUACGGUUUUCAAUGUUACGACUUUUGUCCGGCUGGCUUCUUCAGCAGUCUACGGUCGGCUCUUCGGUGCUUGGUGGGAUGGUCAUGGCCUUGUAUAGUACAAGAAGGCUCGGAGUUCACGGUUAUAUCAGUCGGGUUCUGAUUUGCAUGGAAUGAUACCAUAAUAACUUCA